AUGAUGGACCGGCGAACUGUUUUCCUCUGCUUGUCGAUCUCCCUCCUGCUCCUCCUCGCCUCCUCGCCGCAAUUCACGCCGCGCGUGGCCGCGCAAGCGGGAUACUCGGGGCGGCUCGCGUAUCUGCGCAUCGUCGACGCGUUAAAGGCCAAGGGCUACUCGAUCGCGCUCGACGGACUCGGCAUCUCGGGUCUGAACGACACGCUGAUCAAGCUCCUCCCGACGAGAAACGUGACGAUUCUCGUCCCAACUAACGGCGCGUUUUACAAGCUGACGGCGGCGCCGUGGAAGGGGUUAAAGAAGACGCCCGACAAGCUCCGUCAGAUCCUCGCGUACCACACGCUGCGCACGCGGAUGCGCUUCCUGGAGAUUAAAGCGCUGUCGGUUGGAACCACGGUCCCUACCCUAGACUUCGAGUUUACCAUGGCACGAAUCAAGGAUACGCGCCCAAUCAUGGGUGCCAAAGGAUCCAAAAUCGGCGCUCUGAUUAUCGACGCAAAUGUGUACUCAGACCCGCGCGUGAUUAUACACGGUGUGAGUAUGGUGGUUAUGCCACCCAAGCUCUAUUAG